GUUAGAACUAGCAAAUCUUUGAGUGCCGGGAGACGGGUUCAGGUUUUGUGUCAGAUAAACUGCUAUUACGUGUAAAAUGUCAAAAGUUUAUAUGAUCGAUUUUAUGUGACUGGAUCUCUUUACGUUAUCGUAUUGACAUGAAUGAUUUUCAGAAGUUAUUAUUAAUUUUUGGUGGAUUUGUUUCGUAUAUGCUGGCUGAUGGAUACACUUACUCUAUGGGUAUAUUAUAUUCGGAGCUCAUGAGUGCUUUCCACCUUAGUAGUGUUGAAACUGCCACCCUACCUGGAAUGAUUUUCUCAAUGCCUCAAUUUUUUGCACCCUUUCUGUGUCCACUACUUGACACUUAUGGGUUUUCGUCAGGUUCUGCAUGGGGUGCACUGUUAAUGUGGGUCGGAUGCUUUGUUUCCUCAUUUGCGAACAGCUUUCACGUUUUAUACUUGACUCUGGGCAUAUUGACCAGUAUUGGACUUCAGUUGACAUAUUUAUCUGCACUGAUGUCAGUUACUGCCCAAUUCGAGAACAGUUCAUAUUUUGGUUUAGCCAUAGGACUCACUAUGUGUGGUUCAGGUGUUGGUGCAUUUGGAUCGAAUUACCUUCUUGCUUGGCUUCUAAGUAUUUGGAAUUGGCGUGAAGUGUUAUUGAUCGAAUCCGCCAUACUUCUGAACAUUUUGGUUACAGCAUCGUGUUCUCAUCAUUUAGAUGCAGAACUAAACGCUAUAACAGUAGUGAAACAUGAGCUGAGUUAUCCUGACGGUAUAGAAGAUACAAACCAUCAGAACAAGUAUCCUUCUGAAGCAGAUUUCGCCAGUGAUUGCUCAAUAACUAAAUACUUUUUGAAUUCAAUUCCACUUUGUUUAUGUAUUCCAUCGUUAUUCCGCUUUCGAAAUUAUCGUCUACUUUUACCUCAUUCAAAUAUUAUAAAGACCAAUGCUGAAAAUAGUGAUUAUGAUAUCGUCAAUAAAGAAAGAAUAAAUGGAAUAAGAUUUUCAUUUGGAUGCCCACAAUUUUUACAAGAAUUCACUUCAAACUUUAAAAAGUUAUUUUCACCGAAAUUAUGGAAAAAUACUAAUUUUUUAUUUUAUGUAAUAGCUAAUGGUAUAGCUGGUGCUGGAGUUGUCAUACCAUGGACAUUUAUUUACGAUCAUGUUCUAACUACUCUGUCUUAUUUAAAUGCUCAAAAUUCAAUUGGAGAUAUAAACAAUCAAGAUAUUUCUUGGCUUCCAUCUUUAAUUGGAUUCGGAUUGCUAUUUGGUCAAUUGUUUUAUGGUUUGGUAACUUCUCAGUUUGGUGACAUAGGUACAUGUUGUAAAAAUAACAAUCAAGAUUGCAAAGUUGAAAAUGGUAACUCUUGUUGUCAACCAAAUUGUUUUCAAUCCGUCAAUAAGAAAUGUUCAUCGUCAAAGUAUAAAUUUCAUUUAGUAAUCUUCCUGAUAACACUUCUUUUAAAUAGUGCAUGUACACUAACUAUAGCUUUAGUCCCAUUAUGGUCUGUUCAAAGUGAGUUAAAGCACUUCGAAUUAUUCUCGCAUCAAGAAGGAAAACUAUUAGCGUUGGCUUGUCUUUUUGUUGGCAUAUCAAAUGGUGGAUUGUACGUCAUGUUUCCACAGUUAAUCAUUGAUAUUGUUGGUACUGAAUUAUGGUCUUCUGGACUUGGCUUAUUUUUAACUUUAAUGGUCUUAUGAAUUUGUGCGGAACUAAUAUUGGAGGUAAGUUCUACUUGAAACACUUUCUAACUUUCAGUGUUCACCUUUAAUUUCAGAUUUUUAGUAGGCUUUUGAAGUGUCUACAGAGUUUGCAAAAUUAUCAAUGUUCAUAAGCAAAUGAUUUCCUUUUUAAGAAACAAUUUUCGUUUUAUUCAUAAUGACACUGAAGUUCUGUACGGUAAUAACUAAUCAAAUUAUCUUCUGGCUACAAAUUUUGUCGUUUCUUUCUUCAGGACAUGAAGAAUUCUAGAAAGUCUGUCGAAAGAAAUUGAAUACAGAUUUUUAUUUGAAAACAUAAUUUGAACUGUAAUUCUGGGUCACUUGUGUGUUGGCUUAAAAAUAUCUAAGUAUUUCAAUAAACUGUUUGUCAGUUUAGUCAAUUGACUAGUCUCGUUAGAAUUGCUUUGAGUAAGAGGUCGUAUAAUUGAACCGAUAGUUUCUCAAUUUUCUUCAAUCCAUCAACUUGUAAUCAUAAAAAUCUCUACCUAAUCUUUGAAAGUCUCAUAGAGAUACUCAAUUAGAACAAUGAAAACUGGACUGAAUGGUUUCUUCAAUUAAGUGUUUUGUAUUGGCUAUUAUCGCCUUACUAUUUUGAAAAGUGUGAAUAAAGUUAGCUAUUCGAAUCUUAAUAAACGAUAAGUUUGGUAGUCGAGUGACAAUUUAGAACUCAAUAUAAUCUUGGUCAUUUUGCUUGUCUGCUAUUUAUGUUAGCUGUUUGAGAGAUUCUGAUCAGUUAGCUCUUUACUUUCUUCUCCUUUCUAACGAAUAUUAACUUAUCUCUCUAACAAAUAUUGGGUUAAUAAAUGAUGCAAUUUAUGCUUGUAUUUAUAUAGUCACCACUUAAAUAUUGCGAUAGGCAGUUGCGACAAUAACACCAGGCUCAGAGAUAUUAACUGCGGUUGGAAACAUAGUGAAAAUGUCCAUGAUAACUUUAAAUAGCUAAUGUGAGUAUUUACAAAAAGGUAAGUUAGAUUCUGUUUGAGAAGGAAAUCAUUUUGGCAAUUUAUUGUGUUAAUUGAUUUUCGUCGAUUACACAUUGUAAUACGAAUUUACUGAUGGUGUAUUGUUUAAACAAUUUAUAAACCGCAACAUAGUCCAGUAUUUCUACAUUAUAUGUGAAUUUUUCGUUUAUUAUUAUCAUUAUCAAAGUCUGAAUUCAUAAAAAUGAUAAGCGUACACAUUUUUAGAUAUAACACUAUAUUACUUUAUUUAAUAUAUUAAUAUAUAUAUAUAUAAGUUACUCAAAAACUUAAAUGCUUGAACAGUUCGACUUAAGUAUUUAAAAUGGUAACACUUUAAAGCUCUGUUGAAUAAAUAUUUUUGCAUUGGUCAUUUUAAAUUUUGCAAGAGUUUUUGCUAAGCUUAUUUUGUUUUUGGCAUUUUCAUAAAUCUUUUGUUUUUUUACAGGCAAAAUAUAUGACACUAGAGGUUCAUAUCAAAUGGCACUUUUAAUCGCCGCAUUUCUGCCGCUAUUCGCUUUUCUUUUGGUCGUCAUGAAGGAGAUAUUCACGUGGUUAAUGAAGAGUUCUACAUUACCUGCCAAUUCUGAUUCAAUGCAAAGACAAAUUUAAAUGAUAUUUAUGCUAAGAAUUCAAAUGACGUUUUAUUAAAAUCCUUUUUUUAGCG